AUGGGGAUCAAGAUUGAUAUGGAAAAAGCUUUUGAUAGAGUUGACUGGAAAUUCCUUCAUACCAUUAUGACAAAAAUUGGCUUCAAUUCUGAUUGGUGCAAUAAGAUCACGCAAUGCAUCUCCACCACUUCUGCAGCUGUUCUAAUAAAUGGUUCUCCAGAUAUCUUCUUCAAUCCUUCCAUAGGGCUCAGAAAAGGGGAUCCCCUAUCCCCAUAUCUCUUUCUUUUCUGCAUGGAAGCACUAUCUAGAACUUUAUCUCAUGCUGAAGAAUUGGGAAUUAUCUCUGGAGUAAAAAUCUGCAAGAAUGCUCAAUCAAUAAACCAUUUUCUCUUUGCUGAUGAUUAUGUGGUCUUCUGCAAAGCUAAUACCACUGAAGCCCAAAACCUCAAGGAUAUCCUCAAUAUAUUUGGGGACACCUCUGGUCAACUGAUCAACUUCACUAAAUCUGGUGCUUUCUUCAGCAAGGACACUGAUCCAGCUCUCAUGCCCAUAAUCUGCAAGCUGUUAGGAGUUCAGGUUCUACCUUUAAAUGACAAAUAUUUAGGUUCUCCUCUAUUUACUCAUAGAAGCAAGAUUCAAUCUUUCAGACCAGGGGUAGAUAAUAUGAAGAUGAGACUCUCAAGUUGGAAGAAUACCCCCUUAAACCCAGCUGGGAGAGAGGUCUUAAUAAAAUCUGUCACCUCAACAACCAGCAUUUACCAAAUGAACUGCUUCAUAAUACCAAAGAAAACCUGUCAACAUAUGAACAAGUUACAAAGGGACUUCUUCUGGGGGAAGAACUUGGAAAACCCCACUGAUUACUAUCCUAAGGCUUACAGCCAUAUACAAACCCAAAGAUCUUGGUGGAUUAGGAUUCAUGAGCAUGGAACUUUUCAAUAG